UCAAACGUUCGGAUUGCGCUGUCGCGUCCUUUGACACGCUUAACCGUUUAAGAAAACGAUUUCGCCACUUUUUCGCUGACGUUUUGACUAUUCUACGAUGCCAAGUAUUUACAGAAAAUUCAGAAAAUUACGUCGAAGGCGAUACGUUCGUACUUAGUAGUAAAGAUAUUGUGAGUUCAUUCUGAAAAUUAAGUUUGUGCCGUGUGUUCAUCAGCUACAUUUGCUUUAUUGAUAUUUUGAGUGUCAUAGGACUUUUAGUGCCUAUGCAUAUCUUGAGAAUUUGGACCGUGUUCUAGAUUACUUUAAGAACAAAUAGUUUUCUAUACGUAGUUGGAUUACUUGAAAGACAUUAUGUCAGAAAUUGUUUACCCUCAAGGGUGUAGAUCUGUUACUGAAGAUCUAGGCCCAGAUGAAUUGAUCAGAAGACUUAAGACAUUGGCUCAUACGUUACAAGCUAUGGGUCAAGAUGAAGGAAUGUAUCAACAAUAUAUUCCAUUAGCUUUGCAUUUAGCAGAAGAACAUUUUUUAAUGCAUCAAAGUAAAGAUGUUCAAUUGUUAAUUGCAUGCUGUAUUGCAGACGUACUAAGAGUUUAUGCUCCUGAAGCACCUUAUAAAGAUGCAGAUCAGGUGAAAACAAUCUUUCUAUUUUUAAUCAAACAACUAGCUGGUUUAAAAGAUCCUAAAGAUCCAGCUUUCAAAAGAUAUUUUUAUCUUCUUGAAAAUUUAGCAUAUGUCAAGUCAUUUAAUAUGUGUUUUGAACUUGAAGACUGUCAAGAAAUUUUCUGUGCACUUUUCUCUCUUAUGUUUAGAAUAGUCAAUGAUGAACAUUCUGGAAAAGUUAAAAGCUUUAUGUUGGAUGUCCUCUGUCCACUUAUUACUGAAUCAGAUAUUGUCAGUAAUGAAUUAUUAGAUAUUAUACUUAUGAAUAUUGUAGAACCAAACAAAACUCAGAAAAAGAAUGCAUAUUUACUUGCUAAAGAAUUAGUAAUUAAAUGCAGUGAUACAUUGGAACCAUAUAUUCAAGCAUUUUUCAAUCAUGUGUUGAUCUUGGGAAAAGAAGAAAAAAGUUUACAAAUUUGUAAAAAAGUUUAUGACUUGAUUUAUGAGUUAAAUCAUAUCUGUCCAAGCGUCUUGUUGUCCGUCCUUCCACAAUUAGAAUGUAAAUUAAAAUCUUCAUCGGAAACUGAAAGAUUAGGUGCAGUAGCACUAUUGGCAAGAAUGUUUUCAGAAAAAGGAUCUCAAUUAGCUGUUCAACAUACACAAUUAUGGAGAGCAUUUUUGGGAAGAUUUAAUGACAUAAGUGUUUCCAUUCGUAUUAAAUGUGUCCAGUAUUCAAUGCAUUUUUUAUUAAAUCAUCCAGAACUUAGGAAGGAUAUAACUGAUACUUUGAAAUUAAGACAACAUGACGCUGAUGAAAGUGUUAGAUAUGAAGUAGUUAUGGCUAUAGUAACAACUGCUAGGAGAGAUUUUGAAGUUGUCUCAGAUAGUGAAGAUUUGCUUGAAUUUGUAAAAGAAAGAACUUUGGAUAAGAAGUUUAAAAUUAGAAAAGAAGCAAUGGCAGGUCUUGCUAUGAUAUAUAAGAAACACCUGAAUGACUCAGACGUGCCACAGGCUACAAAAAAGGCUGUUACUUGGAUAAAAGACAAAAUAUUGCAUGGUUAUUAUAUGGCAAGUAUGGAGGACAGAUUAUUGGUAGAAAGACUAUUAAACACAUGCUUAGUUCCCUAUCAGUUACCAGCAGAGGAAAGAAUGAAAAAGUUAUAUCAUUUACUUGGUACAAUCGAUGAUCAUGCAUCUAAAGCUUUCGUAGAAUUGCAAAAACAUCAACUCGCGGUCAGAAGGGCUGUUGUUGAAUGGUUAGAAAUUAUAAAACGACCAGAAGCUACAAACGAAUUAAUGACAAAGAUUCAUCAAAUUUCACGUUUUUUGCCUGAUCCCAUGAAGGUACAGGAAUUUUUACAAAAAUUCAAUGGACACAUGAAAAAAGAUUCAGCAUUGUUACAAGGCAUGGAAACAAUUGUUCAGCCUAAUGUUUCGUGCAAAGAGUGUGCUGAUACAAUAAGUUUAGUUUUGAAAAAAUUGGGUCAACCAGUAAUGACAAAUUUAUAUUACAAUACAAUAAAGAUGUUAUUGGAAAGAGUGAGCUCUGUUAUGAUCGAUGAAGAAGCAAUCAGGGUUUUAAUAGGAUAUGUAUUAGAUUGUUUAAAGGGAGGUAAUGUAAUUGAAGAAGUUGGUUUGAAUCCAAAUAACGCUGGUGAAAAGGGCUUAAGACUGCUAGUUAUGUUGUCUUUCGUAUUUGGCCCACAUUUUCUUCAUAAUGAUAUCUUAAUGCAAUUGGUACAUCUUUUAGAAUUAGAGGAUGAGAUGGUAGGACCACUUGUCCUAUCAAUCUUUACAUUUUUAGGAAAAUAUAAACCUUUAUGCGAGGUAGCACCUGAUAUUAUGAAUCUUAUGGUACCAAUCUGCAAAAACUUUGCUGAAACAGGGACUCCAAAACAAGCGAAACAAGCUGUUAGGUGUUUGUUUGUUAAUAUGACCAAUAUUCACGAUAAAAUUUUUCCAGAAAUCAUUGAAAGAAUUAAAAUGACAUUGACACCCACAUCAGAAUUUUAUCGAACUUCUAUAGUUACAUUAGGUCAUAUAGCAUAUAAUUUGCCAGAUAAAUAUCAAGUACAAAUAAAAAAUAUGGUAUCCAGAAAAAUUGUUAAAGAACUGCUUGUAAAAGAAAGUAGUGAACAAACAGCUGAUACUAUUGAAGGCGAGUGGUGCCGUGAAGAUCAGCUUCCUGAAGAAACACGUUGCCGAUUAGAAGGUUUGAAGUGCAUGGCACGUUGGUUGUUGGGUUUGAAAACUGACGUUUUAUCUGCACAGAAAACGUUUAGGAUGUUGAAUGCAUUUGUUGUAAAUAAGGGUGAUCUUUUACAACAAGGACGUUUAAGUAAAGCUGAGAUGAGUUGGUUACGUUUACAGGCUGGUUGUUCAAUGUUAAAAAUUUGUGAACAGAAAGGGGUUGGCGAUCAAUUCACAGCAGAACAAUUUUAUAAUCUUUCUCAACUUAUGGUGGAUGAAGUUCCUCAAGUUAGGGAAGCCUUUGGUAGUAAAUUACAUAAAGGACUUGGUAGAGGAAUACCAAACAAAUGUUUACCAUUAGACUUUAUGGGAUAUUAUGCUUUGGCAGGCAAAGAGCAAGAUAAAAGAUUGAAAUGUUUAUUGAAAACAUAUAUGCAAACUGAUAUAAACAAAAGAAGGGAUUACGUUAAAACGUUGUCGUUGGGUACUGUAGAACGGGCCAUGGGUCAACUACCACACAUUUUGCCCGAUUAUAUGCUAGUUUUUGCAGUUCCCAUUCUAGCACAUGAUCCUGAAUUUACAAGUCACCUAAUAGUUAGUCAGUUAAAAGUCAUACAACAAUGUCUAUGGUUUAUACUUGAGCCACUCAUUACAAAGAAUGAAUAUUAUUGUUAUGGGUUUUAUAAAAACCUUAUAGAGCGUAUGAAAAGUCAUAAAGAUGCAUUGAAACCAGAAGACAACAAUAUGAAUUAUAAAUUGUGGGCAGUAUGUGAUUUAGCUAUGAACGUGAUAUACACUAAAACAACUAAUUUUGAUAUGAAAGAAUUUCCAAGUGAAACACGCAUACCUACGAUGUACUUUAAACGAACGGAUGAAUUAGCUAAUACAAAAAAUUAUCUACCAGCAGAAAUGCAAAUAAACAUGACCAGUACUAAGGGAAAAGGUUCAUUACAUAAUGUACACACAGUAAGCGAAAGACCGCAGCGUAGAGCUAAAUCUAAACAACAAAAAGAAGUUGGCAUUGGUCCCAAUGAGACAGAUGCAAGGCUGCAAAUUGGAGAAGUUGAAUGCAUUGAUGCACAGCCUGCUGAAGCAUCUGAGACUAGAAUUCAAUUACCUGGUUUGGAAGAGGAGAUUGAAGAGCCACCUGCAAAAAGGGCAUUGAGGGAGUCAGAUAAAGUAAAUAAGUAAUUAAGUGAUCGAACUCUGUAAUCAAGGGGGGGGAGGUGACUGGAGAUCGGGAAAAGACUUAAGAAGCGCGAUGAUACUAUAAGAAUUAAAGAAUCUAAAAAUACUUUACAAAUUAGAAUACAGAAUAUUUUGGUUAUGUACAACAAUUAAUAAACCUAAGUCGUUCGCGUAUUUUUAGAUUAUAAGGUGUUACGAUUAUGACACAUUAACUUCAAAUUAUUAAUACACGUAGGCUUAUGAUUCAGAGACUUCUCUGGACUUACAACCUAUGACUAAAAAGGGAAGAAUAUUCAUUAGUUCGUUGAACAUGUGGCUCACCAAGUGUGUUUGAUUGUUCAUAUGAAUGGAAUACAUAUAUGUCUUAGAUACUGUUUCUUUUACAGACCGAUAAAAGAAAAAACUAUCAAAGAAUCGAUCGUAAACUAGAAUUAUUGUUUAAGAUGGCUAUGUUCAUUUUGACACUUUUUAUAAAACGUGUAAAACUGUAUCUAAGUUAACAUUUUUUCUUCCUUGAGGGGUGAUGCCUGAUAACUGUUGUUUUGUUCACUUCGAGAGUUUAUUGAUAAAAAUAAUAAUGGAAAGUUCGUGUGACAUUAUACAUUCAAAAGUAUACUGCACAAUUCUCAAAGAUAUUAAGUAAUGAAUAAAUAUGUGCAAAGAAGAUUUUUAAGAAUCGACAUCAUAUUUGACAGAUAUUCGUAAACACAUUAAGCAUUUAUAAACUUAUGAGCUUUAUAAGUUUUCAUACAUAUGCACAUGUAUAUUUAAUUACAAGUUUAUAGAUGGAAGAGAACAAUACAACUUUGUUGGGUUAAUGUAAAUGAUAUAUUUUAUGGAUGAAUUGGCUUUGUGAUCCAAAGUUGUGUUUGUUUCUUUUAUUAUGUUUAUCAUUAUGUCUCUUUAUUUUUAUUGUAAUUAUUAUCAUCACUAUAGUUACUUUAAUAAGCAGAAUUUUAUUGUAUAGGUAAAUUGGUGAGACCUUUUUCUUUUUUUUUUCUUUUUUUUUUUUUUCAAAUGAAAUAUUUACUGCCACGUGAAAUAUAUUUAAUUUCUCUUAUUCGUUCAUUUUUAAAGUAAUAUAAUUGGAAAAAUGUUAAGUAAGCUAUUCAUAUAAGAUAGAAACAACAGAAAUUUAUUUUCUAACUUAUUUUAUGCGGAUCUUUAAUAAAUAUUCAUAAAUUCUUUGGUGCACAAUAUUUCUAAAUUAUUAAAAUGGAAAAUAAAAAUAUUGCAAUAUAAAUAGAAGAAAACGACAAUACAUUAUAAAAAGGAUUAUUGACAACAAAAAUAAUUUAAUAAUUUUCUUAAAAAUGAAUACUUAUUAUCUCUCCAUGAAUACAUGAUAAUAGAACAUUUCUAUUCAAUUCAAGUUUGUAUCCAAAACUUUUCUGUACCUGUUGUAAAUUUAAUGUCAAUGAAUUUUCUGAUAUUGCAGGGCAGAAUACUUCAAAAAUUACUUUUAACAUUUUUACUCACGGUCUAUUUUUCAUAACGGUAUCAAUUUUUUAAUACACGUUUACUAUAAAAAAAAAAACCAUACUCAUAAAAUAUAAUUAAAUCUCCAUGUUGACGCAUCAAGUAUACUGAAUUUGAAUAAGUAUGUCAUGUAUAUUACUCUUUAUCUUGACAUUAACGUUUUGCUAAGUAAACUAUUUCAUUUUCAGGUUUUCUAUAUUUAUAACAAUUCACUAGCAAGUUUAUACCUCAGUGAUAAUAUAGACUCCUGUUUAUAAAUAUGUAAAUUAUAGCAUAAUUAUAUAUAAACGUAAUUUAACUCUAGUGUGAUUAUAUACCUUUCACAUGCUCACUGUAAUACAAGUGCAUGUGCCAGGUAAUUAUCAUCACUACUACUAUUUUUAUCAUACAAACUUUUUUAUCACACAUUAAAUAUCAUUAAUGUGUAAUCAAGAAAAAUAAAUGUUCCAGAGAUUGAAAACUAAUUUAGUUUUUAUAUUUACAAAUAAGUGUAUUGCCUAUGUAUUGAAGCGUUCUUUUGUGUUAUGUAUUAUUUAUAUCUGGACUAUUCUAAAUAUUAAUUCUUAUUUAAUAUUCGUAAAUAUAUAACAAGUAUUUGAUUUUAUUAAUCAUUAGACAGAAAAGAGAUUUGGGUACGAAUUUGAAUAAAAUUCGAAGAAUUUAAAUUUGGCCUAUAUCUCCGGAAGUUUCUUUUUCUUCUUGUGAUGAUCAUUUAUUACAGGUAGAACUGCAUAUAGUGUGCAUGUUAUUGUAAGUAAUGAUGGAUGAUUGAGAUUAUUAUACUAAUAUACUCGAAUUCACACAGAUUACAGUACAGCAAAGUUCUAAUGUUACAUUUUUUCUGCAAAUUAUAAAUUCGCAUUUUAGGGUAAUAUUAAUUACAAUAAUUAUAUUAAACAUUAUUUUAUACACCACUACUGAUAAACCAUACAUUUCAACUAUAACUUAGGCUUUUUAAUCAGAUAUAUUUGAGGGUAUUGCUUUUAUUGUAAACUUGUGGAUGUAUAUCGAUAACUAUUUCAUAUCACAAUAUAUCAUCACAAGUUUCUUUGAAGUUAUAGUCUUGCAAUUGAUGUAGAUAUAAUUUUUAAAGAUAUUUUAUUUCAUAAUAGAUACAUAUCUAUAUUAAAUUUUUUGGUCACCAAAAUAAUUUGUACGCUCAUCUUUAACCACAGAUCUUAUAUAAGUUAAUAUUACUUUCUUAGGUGCUGUAAUAUCUUCAAUAUAAUGAUGCAUAGUACUGCAGUUUUUACAAAAAAUGGUCAUACAUUAUCCAUACAUACUGAUCAAAAACCGAUUAAAAUAAUCAGUGCUAUUCAUCUGUCAAUUUGUGACAUAACUAAAGUAUUGUAAUGAUUAUAUAAUAAAAUAAA